UUAUCGUGUUAAGCUCAGUCAGCGGCUGCCCGAGCUCCCGUGCGCGCGCGUCUCUCCAGGGGAAUCAUGCGCGCACCUCUCCACCAUGCGACCUCUAGCCAAACUAUUCUUUUUCGCCUCCUUUCUCUUUCUUACUCUGUUCCUUUACAUGUCUCUGAGGGAUAUGAAAAACACGCAACUUAUCUUUCAAACAAAGAAUAUUUUUAACUUUGACAAUUUAACAAGAUUUAAUUUAGUUCAAAAACUGAAAAAAAGUGAUAGUGCUAAAGAAAUUAAGUAUAUCUUACAGUGGACUAAUCCCAAAAAUGUGCCUUUUGUGUAUAUGCUGGAGGGUAACAAAGUGUUUAUAGAACAAAAGUGUGAAUAUACAAAUUGUUAUGUAACUAGUAACAAAAGUUUACUAGGAGAUGUAAGUAAGUUCGACGUUAUUGCUUUUUCGGGAACUGAAGUCGUUUACUGGCCGGUUGAAAACCUGAUACCACCCAAGCGAUCGCCGCAUCAGAAGUAUGCUUUCACUAACAUUGAAUCAGCUGAUAAUUACCCGUUAUGCUCCAACAAGUUGGAUAACUUCUUCAACUGGACAUGGACAUUUAGAUUGGAUUCUGAAACAAGAUGGGGCUAUAUAAUAGUCAGAGAUGCGAAUAACAAUGUCAUUGGGCCUAAUAAAGAGAUGCACUGGAUGAGGUUGCAAGAUAUGGAUCCUGUGAGCGACAAGUUAAGUGCACAGUUGAAGACUAAAUCUAGAGCAGCGGCGUGGUUCGUUUCUAACUGCUGGACUAGAAGUCGAAGGGAGGGCUUCGCGGAUGAGCUCCAAAAAGCUUUAAAGCCCUAUGAUUUAAAAGUAGAUAUUUAUGGGACAUGUGGGUCUUAUAAAUGCGAGCGUGAUGACGAAGAAGCAUGUUUUCAGAUAAUAAAGCGGGACUAUUAUUUUUAUCUGUCGUUUGAGAACUCAUUUAGUGAGGACUACGUGACUGAAAAACUUCUGUCCGCAUUGAAAUAUAAUGCGAUACCUAUUGUUUAUGGUGGAGCUAAUUAUACUAGAUUUAUGCCAGACGGUAUAUACCUGAAUGCCAGAGAACUUGGAGCGGUGAAGCUAGCAAAAAAAUGAAAUAUCUUAUAGACCAUCCCGAUAAAUAUAAGGAAUAUUUUCGGUGGAAAAACCAUUAUUCAUACAGCAGAAGAAAUGACUAUCCAGAUACUGACGACUAUUGUGGAUUCUGUACUCUUCUUAAUAAUGAAGAGAUG